AUGGUGUUGGGAGGCGGCGGGGGGUGGCGAGUGUUGGAGGAUAGUAACCGGUGGGAAGCGACGGGGGUUAAGCAACCAGUGGGAGACAAGACCCAAGUCUCUGGCAGCCGAGGUCCAAGGUCUCACCACUCAUCAGUCUCAGCUAGGCUGCAGACAACGGUGCAGUUGGUCUUUAUAGAAUGUUACAACAGACUUGAUGCAAAUUCUGGUUUAGAAGUUCAUCGGAUAAUAUCCAAAAAAAGUGGACUUGCAGUGCCGUGGGUGAAUGAAACCCCUCUUCAUGAUUUGCGACCUAAUCAAGUGGUGGCUUUGAGGGGGGGUGCAAGAAUUUUUGAUAAGGGUUUUUUUCUUGAUUUAUUGAAUGUUAAUAUUCUUAAAUGCUAUUUUAAACCCUUUUUAUCCCUUUGCGGGCGGGGUAAAAAUAUUGAAACGGAUUCCCCGGUGUGGGGGACGGGUGCCCGGCUUAUUUUAUACUGUGUUCCUGUUCCUGGGGAAAAUGAGUGGUUAAAAAAGGUUUUACAAGAUAUAAACCCCUGCACAUUGGGUGAAAGCUCCUCAAACAGGUACUCAAAAAAAAACGAGGAUUCAAAACAAUCAUUGAUGGUUAAGAAAAGUCAACAACCCGGGGGUUUUAUGAGAUGCUUAAGGGCAAGAGCAAAGGAUUCGAAACCUUUUUUGGCUCUGGGAAAUGUUAUUAAUUGGCAAAAAGCAGAUUAUGAUUUUCAGUAUCAUCAAAUUGAACAGCAUACCAACAUUCCAGUCCUCAUCCUUUCCGAGGGAAGAGCUAUGAUUACUAGUGAUGUUGAAGUGAGACUGGAACCAAAGCACACUAAUGUGUCUACAGCAUUCACUCAAAUUCACUCUAAGUUAACUCCAGAUCUUCUUCAAAGAUUGCGUUCAUACCUCACCACUGCUAGAUUGAUGAGCUACACACUGUCAGAUGAAAUGCAGAAGAUGGUGCAGGAUGACUUCGUUGAUAGCCGUAAGAAUGAGAAUGGAAUUACAGCAAGUGACCUUCAUAGUCUGUUAGUUCUUGCCAGACUUGUUGCUGUUAGCUGUGGAGAAACGUCACUUACUCCUGAUAUUUGGAGAAGUGUGAAAAUUCUUGGAAAUGAACAAAAGUUGCGGCUGAAUGUCAGUUCUCAUUGAUAUCUUUAUUUUCAAAUGAAUGUAUUCGUCUUUUAAAUACAUAUGUGUAUGCUCAAAAGAAUAAAAAAAUAGUGUGUAUUAGGUGAGGAAAAUACAUAAACUUGUCUCUGAUGGUGGUAUCCAUAUAUAAACUAUUUUUGGAAUUCGGUCAAAUUACGUAUAAAACGAGAGGAGACAGGAUUAUAGAUGAGUUAUGUACAGAGUGAGAAGUAAUGUAAGAUACAUUAUUAAUGAGUGCACUGUAUAUUGUUGUAAUCAGGCAGUUAGAUUGUUUAAAAACUUACACAUAUUGAAAUGUUAGAUAUAUACUGUUUAACCCUUUCAGGGUCUGUGCCGUAGAUCUACGGCUUUACGUUCAGGGUCCAAACCGUAGAUCUACGCCAUGAGCUCAGCUCACUCUGAUAAGCUGCGAGUGGUAAAUUUGGGCCUAGAUAUGAGAGAUACAUCUAUGUGGUAUGUGUGCACCACAUAAAACAAAUCCUGCAGCACACAAUGUAUAAUGAGAGAAAAAAAACUGAGACAGUGAUUUUCGAUUAAAACAGCGACUUUGCAGUGUUUUUUCGUAUGUUUUUUAUAGUUGUAUUUGCGAUUUCUUGGUCUCGUUUGAUAGAAUGGAAAAUAUAUUACAGAAAUAGAGAUGAUUUUGAUUGGUUUUAGUAAUGGAAAUGACUUGAAACUGAGCUCAAAGUAGCGGAAAUGUUAAAUUUUUGUCGAUGUUCAAGAGUAAACAAACGACCUCACACGUCUAAUACACGUCAGCUGGUGGGUCUAAUAUACAUUCACAAAUGUGGUGAUGAUAUACAACUAUUACAAUAUUGCACAACACUAAAUCUUCUAUUUUUUGGUUUGAAUAAAAAUUCAUUAUGUGAAUAAAAAAUCUAAAUGGAAUUAAUUUGUAAAGCCUCAAAACAUAACUAAUGAGCAGAGGAAAUGUUAGUUUAGUGCCAGAAAUACUUACACUGUUUAUUCUGGACUCUAUUUUGAAAUUGGAAUAUUUUGAACUUUGUGUUUAAUUGGCCAAAUUACCAAUUUCCAGUCACUUUAUUUUGUAGUUGAAACAGUUGACUGGGCGAUUUCUUGUGCUUAAUCGAUAGAAUAGAAGUGAUACUAGUGAAAUAGCUAAGAAUUUGGUCAACUGGAAUAAUGUAAUUGGCCUAAAAUGGGAGUCAAAGUCGGCAAAAUCACCGAUUCGUAAAUAUCGCUGACGCGUCAAAAUUCGCGAGAGCAUAAUUUUGUCAAUUUUCCAUCAAAUUUUGUACUUUUUUUUUACUACCUUCAGAAAGAUUCUCUACCAUUUCAUAAGAAAAAAUAACAAAAUCUGGCCCCUGAAAGGGUUAUUGAAAUUUUAAAAAAUUCUAACUAAAUUCCUUAACAUAAUUUUAUACUGAAAGACAAAUUAAAUUGUUAUUUUCCCCACACUUGUCCAUUGAGGAGGAGGUUGUAUUGCCCUUCUAAAAAUUUCCCUUUUGAGUUUUCCAAGCUUAUACAGUAUUGUAUAUUUUUAAAUAAAAAUAUUGGUGUAAA